CUAUUUGAAACUUUAUUUGACGAUUACAACACAUUAGUAAAACCGAGAUACAAUGUCAGCCAUAUAAUCAAUGUGGUCGUAUCAUUUAAUCUGUACUCUCUGAGCGGUAUCGAUGAGAAACAACAGAGGCUGACGUUCACGGGAUGGUGCUCUUUCAAAUGGAAGGAUGAAUUUCUAGUUUGGAAUCGAACUGAAUAUGGAGUAGACAUUUUAACGAUUUCUGCUGAUAAAAUUUGGACGCCCGAUAUUCAAAUAUUUAAUUCUGACAUUAACUUUGGACCCAUCGAAGUAGCACCUUCCAGAAGUUUGAUCUAUUGGAAUGGAAGUGUCGGUUGGUAUCCAGGAUCCAAGUUCAGCACGUACUGCAAAAUUAACAUUAGACACUUUCCAUUUGAUUCUCAGAUGUGUAACAUUAAUGCUGGCCUGUGGUCUUCUAUGUUGGAUGGAGUUACUCUUGAAGGCCAUCAACCAAUUAUUUUCUCCUCGUUCGAAGAGAAUUCGGAAUGGGAAAUCGUUUAUUUUAAAUAUUCAAAGGUCGUUAGUGAUUACCUUCUGCAAUAUACGAUACUUUUAAAGAGGCGAUACAUGUUUCAAAUUUUGAAUAUAAUACUACCAAUCGUAAUCCUAUCAUUGCUUACUAAUUUGGUGUUUCUGUUACCCGUGGAAUCCGGGGAAAAGGUAUCUUUAAGCAUCUCAAUUCUUUUGUCGUAUACAGUUUUGAUCACGCUUGUGGUAAGCGUAUUACCUAGUAACUCGGAUAAUGUAUGUCUCCUUGCUGUUUACAUCAUAAGUUUGGUGUUCCUCAGUGCUUUGUCCACUUUGGCCACAGUUCUAGUGGUAUAUUUUCAU